CGGCACUAAACCGGGAACAAUUUCAAAGGAUGUUGUGAAAGUUAAGUAGGCUGCAGCUUACCGUUUAUACACAUGUUUUACCUUCAUCAAAAACCCACAUUUCGUUACAUAAACAUAAUAUUACAUAUGAUAUGUACUCGUAGUAAUGUUAUAUAUCGGUCAGGGAUCGGGAUGAACGAUACUAAUGCAACCAAUACUUCAUCGGUAACCGAUACUUCUCAGCCUUACUCGGGUGUAUUGUGGAUCGACGCUGUGACCAUUGCCAUAACUCUCUUGGCAUUCCUCCUCAACACCAUCGUGGCACUGAUCUUUAUUUUACACCGUCAUCUCCUUACAUCCUUCAGCGUGUAUUUUCUCGCUCUAACGAUCUGCAAUGCGGUUUAUUGCUUUCCUGUUUUAACUGAUUCGGUGUGUUUAUACUGGACGGAUUUUUGCACGAACACUGUUGUCUGUUCUCUGCACAUCUACACGGCCUGGGUGACAUCCGGAGUGGCCAUUCACCUCAACGUGGCCAUCAACGCGGUACGGGUGUGGGCACUGUACGGACCAGCUUCCUAUCGACAGUAUCAUAACUUCAAGACCGCCGUUUACAUAAUCACCGGAAAUGCUGUAUAUGUCCAUGCUAUUGGUCUCCCGGGAGUGAUUGUCAAUACCGUCGUCUAUCUGGAUGCCGCAGCGUCAUGCGGACUCGCCAGAAAAGCGCUGGAUGUUUGGGUCAAGGUCGUGCUGAUCGUGGUGUAUAAUGUGCCGGUGUUACUAAUGAUCUCGGCGUACGUCGCUAUAAUACUGGGGGAGUUAAAGCGCUUCCGCACCGUUACGCCAGUCGGGAGGACGAUUUUAGGUCGGGGGAAAUUUCUUAUCUUGACCGUUCUAACGGCCAGUGUAGUACUGUGCUGGACGCCGUAUAAUUUUCUAGAUGUUGUCGAUACGUUCUAUAUUGCAACUGUACCGAACGUGGUUACGGAUGUUGCACUUGUGCUGUAUGUCCUACAAGAUUUGCUCGAUCCGCUUCUAAUUGUCGCAGCACUACCUGAUUUGCGCAGUGUCACAACUCGCUGCGGUAGCCGUCAUCGAAACACAAAAUUCAUUAUCAGCAAAAGGAAGAAUGCAGACUAAAGACAAAAUUGAAUACAUAAGUAGUACUUUAAUAUAAUGCCUCUCUAAUGAUCAUCUGCAUUGUUUAAGCUUUACUGUAAUAAUCACAGAGAUUUUUAAUUUCUGUACCAAAAUCCCUUUUUCCAAGAUUUUGUACAAUGUACAUACUCUUCCAUCAUCCUACGAAGUCUUAAAAAAUCUUACUAUCAGUUUCAAACGUCUGAGAAAAUUCGCACAACAAAUAUUAAUUUUUAUCAUUCAGUCCAAGACCAACGAGACUUUCUUGGCAAAGCGCCCCAUUAAGGCAACGGGCAUUUUGACGUAAGUGCAGCCUUUUCAACGAAGACGUUCAAUUGCAUCCGGGAGGUUUUAUAUUUAACAACGCUGGUAGCGUUUGCUUGAAAGUUCAGACCCGGAUAAGAAAUGCCGUCAGCUAUGCUAAGGUUUUUCCUCGCCAUAAUAACGGAUGAUUAUUUCGCCAUAAUGAAUUUGCUGGUAGAAAAAGGCAUAAAAUACCGAAUUUCCAAACUAAUUCCUGCUUCUUUUUCAUCUUUCUGGGGCUAUUUGUACAAACGGUUGCAGCAUCUUCUAUGCAAUUUUGUAGUAAUUAAGAUGGAAAAUAUUACAUCGCUACAGUAUUUGACUUUCGUUACCCAGUCCGCAGCUGAAGGAUAUGAAUGGAACCUGGUUGAUAUUCAAGGCAACGACGGACUGCUGCACUGUGGACGGAUUACAGAUAGUGGAGACGAAGGGUUCCUUGUCGAUUUUGGAUGUGGGAAGGAGCACGCACCUCAAUUUGUUCCAUUUGGCAGGAUUUAUCGGUACAGAAAUCGGUCUCUGUUUGACGAUAUUACGACCAUUAGCUGGGAUAUCACUCGUUCCAUUGAUGAGAAGGAAGAGUUUCCCGUGGAGGUGUUACUUCGGUUCCAUCCCGCCGAGGCGUGUAAAUGGUACCCCGGCACCAUGCUACUCGGCGAUUUUGCACUUCGAUCCUUCGGCUUUGUCCGCAUUCCGAUCGCCGGAACCGUGAUGAAAUGCAUCGUGCCUGCGCAUCGGAUUCGGACACCUUCCACGGAAGGCCACUUAACGCCGGCGUUGGUAGUAAAAGGCGACCGCUACCAUGCUAUGAUUGGUCACAGCGCGCGUACCGAUAAAGGAGCGCUUACUGCCCGAUGUAAGAAAACCAGGAACAACGGUUUAGUGGAGCAGUUGAUCCGGACAUCUCAGGAAUGGAAAUUACCGCUGACGGAUGGCUCCUCUGGAGUUCGGUUUGCUAAUGGAUUAGCUACGCUAAAAUGGAUGGAUUUUGUGCUGCUCUCCGACGACACAACUUAUUCUUUGCCACAGGAUAGUCAAAAGGAUUCCAUUCACAAUGACUGCACUAUCCAUUGUCUGUCUACGGAAGUUUUACUGGAAAUGUUUUGCUUCGUGACCAGCAUCGAGAAGUGCAAACUUCGCCGGGUGUGUAUUACAUGGAAAAAUAUCCUGACAUCACCCGCCGCUGCUUAUUUGGUCUUAUUGCGAAAUGGCCCGUAUCCAUCGGCCUACGCUUACAUCCAAGAAGGCGAUUAUCUCCAUGCUGCCUGUUUAUUCAAUUGCUGGAACAAGGUCGUCGUGAUUGAUGGCUGCAAAUCCAUGAAAGUCUGGAAGGACCAGAUGCCUUCGUGUCACGGUGGCUUCCUCCAGCGCAUUAUUAGCGAAGGCGGCUAUCAUCCGGCCGAGACGUUAAUUCUAACAAAUGUUUUUCGGAUGAUGUAUGCUAAGAAGCGCGGUGAAAAUUCAGCGGCAGAUUUUAUUGUGGAACUGACCGAGGAGAUAAAUUCGUACAUGAGGGUUUGUCAGCAGCUGGUAUUACGGAAUAUUACGAUGGUCCUAUUCGGUGGCUUCCUUGGGGAUAUUAUUGUCAAGAUUCGAGCCGGGCGAAUUAGCCGUGAUCAGCGCAAGACGGUGCCGGAUUGGUGGACAGUAUUGGAUAAUUGCUGUCCUUCGCUUAACGAAUGUGAUCUUUCCUCAUUGGCUACUUGGAUUCGGGAUGCCCAUUACCGUGCCGCUAAUAAGGAGAAUUUGGAACCUUCGUUACACUCUAAAGUCUUAUCGGUACUACACAAUCUACAGAGCGCUGAUCCACGCGCUAGCGUACAUUACCGAGGUGAGCGAUGGUCGAUGGAAAGUCUAAUUAACCUGGAUGUUCGGAAACUGAAGACAUUUACCUGUUAUACAUUGCGCAGUAUUCAGCGCAAUCAUGCUAUGGCGCCAGUUCCACUCGGCGUUAAUUUAUCGUGGUGAAUUGCUUCUGGAGGUCGAUUAGGGCAAGUACUUGCAGAUGGCGGUCGGCUGAAGUAUGGAGUAUCGUUUCACAGAAUCUUUUCUACGGCGUCUGAUUUAACAAUGAACGCUCUGCCAUGUAUGUAAUUUGAGCAUUUUUUCUAUGCACAGACCAAAAUUAUAUGUGAAACCUUUAUUGCCUCAUUCGUUCGUUUCUUAGUAUCUGUAUUGAAGUGUGGACCUGCUUUUGAAAAUUUGCUGUUUCGAAGCCCGCAGUGUAAAUUCUUCAGUUAACUUAUUUUAUCUGCGGUUGUGAU